AUGGAGCCUAACAACUCAUUCGUUCUCAAAGAUGUCAAAGUAUUCACUGGAAACGAUAUUUUCCACAUGGGAUAUGUACAUGUGACGAAUGGGACUAUCACCCAAGUUGGUGUUGGAGACUUUCCUGGAGAUGUCAAGGACGGAAUAGCAAUCAUUUCGCAGCCUGGUGAUACGGUGAUUCCCGGAUUAAUUGAUGCUCAUAUUCAUGCGCUCGGUGGUGACAUCAACAGCAUCGAGCAGUCCUUGCGGUUUGGUGUCACUACGGUUUGCGACAUGCACAACGAGCCCAUUGAUAACGCCAAACUGAAGGAGUUGGCUAGCAUCUCGGCGAACAAAUCUAUUUACGCAGACUUUAAAUGUGCUGGUGUGGGUGCCGUCAUUGAAGGCGGAUGGCCUAUUCCGGUGAUCAGAAAAGUAUUCGCCAACAACCCGUGCGGAGAUCACAUCGUUGACCAGAUCGUCUCUACAUGGCCAAUUUUGCAUGAGCCGGAAGAUGCGGAACCCUUUGUCGAACAACAGGUUGAAGAGAAUGGGGCAUCCUACAUCAAGAUGUUCCACGAGAUUGGCGACACUCUCGGCAUGGACCUUCCACGCCCUCCAAUGGAUAUCCAGAGAGCCGUUGUCGCCGCCGCCCAAAAGUAUGGUGUCAUCACUACAGGCCACGCAUUCAGCUAUGCUGGUGCUAUGGACCUCCUCCACGCCGGUGCCGACGGGUUGAGCCACAUGUUCUUUGACCAGCCACCCAGUGAUGACUACGUCCAGAUCAUGUUGGACAAAAAAGCGCAUUGCAAUCCGACACUCGGACAGUGUGCCUCCCAGACAGUGGAAGGUCAAGAUUUCCAGAAGUCGUUUUUUGAGGACCCGUUUGCACAAAGACUGCUCAUCCACAAGACCGCCGGAGAGCCUAUGGGGCUGGCGGCCAAGCAGAAGCCCAAGGCGUCUGUUCUGAAUGCAUAUUCAAACACCGCCGCCUUGUACAGAGCAGGGGUUCCUCUCAUUCUGGGAACUGAUGCUGCUGGAGGAAGCAUCGGUCUACCUUACGGCCUCGGGAUGCACAUAGAGAUGCGUAUGUUUAUCGAGGAGGUGGGCAUGUCUCCAUUGGAUGUUCUCAAAUCCGCUACAUCGAUCACUGCAGAACGGUUCAAAUUUCAUGAUCGUGGAAAGGUUGAGUGCGGGAGAAAAGCAGAUCUGGUGCUUGUGGAGGGCGAUGUCCUAGAGGCGCUGUCUGAAAAGAACGGGAGAUGUCUUCCCAUCAAGGCAGUAUGGAGAGACGGGGUACUAGCUUCAAGUUUCUCAUUAUGA